AUGCCUUCCUACAUUAUUACCUGCAAACAGGAUGCCAGUCCCGAACAGGUCGAAGCAGCGAAGCAGAAGGCAAAGGACCAAGGCGGCAAGAUCACUCACGAAUACAAGCUCACCAAGGGCUUUGCGGUCGAGUUCCCCGAGGAUACAGUCGUAGCGUUAGCAGAGCUCGAUCAAGUCAAGCAUGUCGAAACCAUCACCGUCACCGACGAGGCCAUCGCAGACCUCACCAAUAAACGACAACAUUCGCUGAGCCUGGCUGAUCUAGUCAGACAUGGACGCCCUCCGCUAUCCGAGACCGCCCUGCUCGCUUCUGCCAAUUUCACCCUCAAUCUCCUUCCAAUCCGCCUAGCUCAUCGCAUCCAAGCCUUGCGAAACUUGCCGUUCAUCGUAGUCGCCGACCCCAAUGUGUCGCGCAUCUACAACAACUACCUGCAGUCGCUGUCAACACUCCUCCCCUGGAAACAUCGAACCAUAUCCACCCUCGAAGAGGAGAUCCAGUUCACAUCGGUGCUGGCGGAGCUCGUGGCCACGCAUACGGAUACUAUUCCGAUUCUUGCCAAGGGCUUCAUCCAAUGUCGCCGAUACAUUGCGCCGGAAGAGGUCACUCGUUUCCUGAACACUCACCUUCGCACGCGCAUUGGAACGCGUUUGAUCGCGGAACAGCAUAUUGCCCUCCACUAUAGUAGCGUGCCGCAUUUCAACCCCGGUGCCUCGCCGACCCCAUGCCCAGAACAUCCGAAUUACAUAGGCGUCAUUGAUACUGCGCUCUCUCCAGCAGCUAUAGUGGACUCAUGCGCAGCGUUUGUAGCUGAUAUAUGUGAGCUUAAGUACGGUAAACGGCCCAAGUGGAUUAUCGACGGCGAGCCUGACACGGUCUUCACCUUUGUACCCAUGCAUCUUGAUUACAUUGUGACCGAGCUUCUCAAGAAUGCCUUCCGCGCCACUGUCGAAAGCGACAGCAGUCAGCCUGUUGUCAUCACCAUCGCGCCCGAACCCCCAGAUGCUGGUCCACCACAUCUGACCCUUGACCCCCCAGCCGCCGAUAAAGGGGCCUUCCGCGGCGACGCGAUCAAGCCCCUUGACGACAACGCUCCCGGAGUCACGAUCCGCAUCCGAGACCGUGGUGGCGGUAUCUCCCCCGAAAUACUGCCGAAUAUCUGGAAUUAUAGCUUUACUACCUUCAAUGAAGACGACAUUGACGAUGUCAUGUCAAAUAACGGCGGGGGCGGUGGUGGGCGUUCCCAAGCAGAUGCGCUAGGGAUGAUAUCGGCAGCCAGCUCCGGUGCGAGCUCGAUUGCAGGACUCGGCUAUGGAUUGCCGCUGAGUCGUGCAUACGCCGAGUAUUUCGGCGGUGGCAUCGCUGUGCAGAGCUUAUACGGCUGGGGAACCGACGUGUAUUUGAGGUUGAAAGGUGUUGGGAAAAUACACUGA